AUGGAAGAAGCCGCAAGAAGACGAAAAAAGGAUAUAGUCAGUCUCACCGAAGGGGAAGAUAUAAUUACCGAGUUAAAGAAUUUUGGGCGACCUUUUCGCCCCCUUUCGUUGGCUGGCACUUACUUCCCGAAUCAAGCUCCAAUGCCGUCACUUAUUGCCUUUGAUCAAUGUUCCAUGGCAAUAGUAUGGGAAAUUGUAGAAGAUUCUUCGCACUUUCUAAGUCUACCGACAAUUUGCAGUUCUUCAGAGAGGCCACUCGAUGAUCUCGUUAUAUUAUUGCGGUCUGCUUCGAUUUAUCAAGCAAAACUAGAACCAGAUCCACAUCAAUUGAUCGCACAAUCACUCAUAUGUCUUCGUGAAGCACUCGAGCUCAAGCGUGUCAAGACAUUAGGCGCUUUGCACGAAUUUUCCCACCGAGAAUGUCGCAUAUUUGAAGAUAUAGAUCUAACUGAUCUUGUCAUAGAUAAGGUUUUAGGGUUCAAUUUCUAUUGUUACCAAUGA